CUCUAUCGCUCUCUCCCUGAAGGGGUAAAAUAGAAAACAAACAUAAACAAAGAGCUGCAUUUGCAAGAAAUUUAAUUAUUUUAUUUGUUGUAAAUCGGCGAUAGAGUAACAAACUGCAGCGGAUAGUUUUUUUAUUUCUUAUCGCAUCGCGGGGCCAGGAUAAGAAAUGUCUAAAGUUUAUUUGAUACCAGUUGCUGUUUUUCUAAUAUUUCAAGUUACGUUUCUGGGAACUUACAUAGCGGCAGUAGUGCAAGGUCAUGUUGUACCCACCGUACCCUAUAUCAGUGAUGCGGCCACCUAUUCACCGGAGAGUUGUGUAUUUGGACAAAUGAUAAAUAUUGGCAGUGUAUUAUUGGGCAUUACAAUCUAUAUACGUUAUCGCCAAAUAUUACAACUCUUUGAACACCAUCCUGAUUUGGGUAAUAAUUUGUUACGCUAUAAUCGUAUAGCGGUGUGGUUUGGUUUUAUCUCAUGCCUGGGCAUUAGCAUUGUGGGCAACUUCCAGGAGACCAAUGUUCGAGUGGUCCAUUUCAUUGGUGCAUUCUGUUGCUUCGGCUUUGGCACUCUAUACUUUUGGAUGCAGGCAUUGAUUUCGUACAUGAUCUAUCCAAUAGCCGGCACCAAGCCGAAUGCCCAUUUAAGAUUGGGUAUGUCUGUGUGUUGCACGAUUCUAUUUAUACUGCUGGCCGUAACCGGCAUUAUGUCGCAUAUUCUCUUCAAAGGCUCAAAUCCCAGAAAGUGGUAUCCCUCGGAUGGCGGUUGGUAUUUCCAUGUCAUCAGCUCGAUCUCAGAAUGGGUUAUUGCUACAGUGUUUAGUUUUUAUAUUUUAUCCUUUACCCAUGAAUUCCGAGAUGUUGAUUUAGAGCAUCCACCAUUACGUAUUAUUUCGUAUUCACUAACCUUACAAUAAGUUCAGAUAUUUUUAAUUUUGCUCUCUUUAUGCAUUUUUUAAAUCUGGUAUACAUUGGCUUUGAAGCUCCUCCAUAAAGUAAUUAUUAAAUUUUGGUUUAGUCGUCUAAAAACAAACCAGGAGAUCCUUAUGGUCCCCGUUUAAUUUUCGAUUUUUGUACAGUUUUAAUUGAGUUUUCGGCUGCCAAAUUUGUUACCUAACUUUUGGUUUGCUGUGACGGAAAUUUGUCUAAAAUGGUAUUACCUAUUUUAAUUUCCUUUUUCCUAAAUUUCUACUAACAUUAGAAAGCCCUUGAAAAUUGCUUCCAACAAAAUAUACUGGUGCUUCUAAGCAAAAGUUAAACUUUAGUCAUAUUAAUAUUAUCGUUUUCCUCAUUUUAUUGAUCUGUAUAAACUGGCUUUUAUUUAUAAAAGUUUAAUAUAAGUCAUAUUAAGUUACUAAUUUUUAACACUGUUUAUAAUUUGUAUACACAACAAUAACCCAAAGGAAUUUAUUUUUUUAAAUAAUAAAUAUGAUUAACGAAA